GAGGUGGGACCGCGUAACAUGCUGCAUUUAAGAUCCCGUCGCGGUUCCAGCUCUCCCUCUCCAAACCUAUUCUCUGUCUGCACAUCACUCAACACCUCCGUCAUCGAACCAUUGCCCCCUCACAAUCUUACUUCAGGUGGCAAUCUCUUAGUUCUUUCUCUACAAACACCCAAUUUCAUCCAUUACACUCGACAAUGGCCGCCCAGCUCACGCCAUCCAAGCAGGCUGCUUCUGCAAUUGACGCCCUUAAGAUGGAAUCACCAGUCAAGAAGCUCGACUUGUCCGCGUCCAACAAGGAGAACGCGCCGUUCGACGCCGACCUCGCCACCCUCGAGGCAGAGAUUGACGCCAAGCACCAGCAACAGACAACCAUGAACAAGAAAGAGCCAGAGGUUGUGUCUGUCAACCCCGAGGAGGCCGAUGAGCCGCUGCUCCAGGAGAACCCGCAGCGCUUCGUCUUGUUCCCCAUCAAGUAUCACGAGAUCUGGCAGAUGUACAAGAAGGCCGAGGCGUCCUUCUGGACAGCCGAGGAGAUUGACCUGUCCAAGGACCUGCACGACUGGAACAACAAGCUCACCGACGAUGAGAAGUACUUCAUCUCGCACGUCCUUGCCUUCUUCGCCGCGUCCGACGGCAUCGUCAAUGAGAACCUGGUGGAGCGCUUCAGCGGCGAGGUCCAGGUGCCCGAGGCCCGCUGCUUCUACGGCUUCCAGAUCAUGAUGGAGAACAUCCACUCCGAGACCUACUCCCUCCUCAUUGACACAUACAUCAAGGAGCCUGCCCAGCGCACGCACCUGUUCAAUGCCAUUGACACCAUCCCCUGCAUCCGCAAGAAGGCCGACUGGGCCCUGCGGUGGAUCACCGACAAGAAGUCCACCUUUGCGCAGCGCCUUGUUGCCUUCGCUGCCGUCGAGGGCAUCUUCUUCAGCGGCUCCUUUGCGUCCAUCUUCUGGCUCAAGAAGCGCGGCCUCAUGCCAGGUCUGACCUUCUCCAACGAGCUGAUCUCUCGCGACGAGGGGCUCCACACCGACUUUGCCUGCCUGCUGUUCUCGCACCUCAACAACCGGCCCAGCAAGCAGGUCAUCCAGGACAUCAUUGUCGAAGCCGUCAAGAUCGAGCAAGAGUUCUUGACUGAGGCCCUGCCUUGCGCCCUGCUUGGCAUGAACGCCAACCUGAUGAAACAGUACAUCGAGUUCGUCGCCGACCGCCUGCUCGUCGCUCUCGGCAACGAGAAGGUCUACCGGUCGACGAACCCCUUCGACUUCAUGGAGAACAUCUCGCUCGGCGGCAAGACCAACUUCUUCGAGAAGCGUGUCGGCGACUACCAGAAGGCCGGUGUCAUGGCUAGCACCAAGAAGCUCGCCGAGGAUGCCGACAAGACUGAAAACGAGAACGGUGGCGACUUCACCUUUGACGAGGACUUCUAAGUCUCUCGCCACCCUCCACUUGCUCUUCUCCUUUUUCCACUCGCCUCUAAUACCCCUCUUGUAUCCUUUCUUUCCCUUGCUACAUCUUAUGGCAUAGAAGCGCCAGGGGUUAUCAGCUGACGUCUAGCCUCUCCUGAGACGUUGGAUAUGUGUUUUCCCAUGUAUAACAUCCUGCGCGGGCGGAACCAUGUUGGUAUUGCUGGAGUUGGGGCGUUGGGAAAUAUUGCUCUGGUCAGGUUUGGCUUACGAUGGUAUGCGACGGGGAAUGAACGGAAACAGUAUCGUGUGUGUGUAUGUAUGAGUAGAUGCUCAUGCUAAGAAUCAAAAAUUCUGGACUGAUUGCUGGAGAGUCUCUUGG